CAGGUGCCGUGUAUCGGCAACAACAACCAGGACAACAACGGGAUCCGCUAACGGGACCGCCGAUCGUACCAGAGAAGCAAUGCACCGACUGUUGCUCGUGUUCCUGGCCGCUGCCGGGGCGUCUGUCCUCGGCCUGCCCAGGCUGGACGCGUCCCCGGCGGCCGCGCCGUGCCUCGCCCCGCAGCAGUGGGAGGGCAGAUGGGUGAUGUUCGACCACAGCAGCGGGAGGAACAGCCGAGCCUCGGUGUCCUACGACGGCCUGAAGCAGAGGAUCCGGGUCCUGCAGCAGAACAAGAAGCACGCGCCCUGUCAGAGGUUCUAUGAGUACAUCUACUUGUACCAGAGCAUGGUGAUGUUCCAGAUCGACCAGAAGACCAAGGCCUGCUCAAAGAUCGCUCUCUCGGGGUCCUGGGAUCCCUUCGACAUCCCAGACAACUCCACCUUCGAGGACCAGUACGACAUCGGGGGCCCCGGGGACAGCGUGGAGGUUCAGGAGUGGUCAGACAGGAAGCCGGCACGCCAACAUGAGACCUGGGUGGGCGUCUACACGCUGAAGGACUGCUACCCGGUGCAGGAGACCUACGCCAAGAACAGCAGCGUCAUCACCUCCACCCGCUUCUUCGACCUCCACCUGGGCAUCAGCGACCCCGACGUCUUCACGCCGCCCGCCACCUGCCAGUCAGCUCGGCCCGAGAGGAUGGCCGAGUCCCACUGCUGAGGCCUCGCCGGCCCGAGACGCUCACUCCCUUGUUCACUCAUCGACUACUUCCUAAAUAACAGACGCACAAUAGUUCACUCGCUGUGAGAUUUCAGGCACUUAAUCAUAAUUUUUGCGUCGCUGCUUGUAACUUUUUAGCAUCUUUGAAAUCGCAAGCCACAACCAGUUGAUUUUUAUAAAUUUUCGAGCUACAUGGCUGACGAACAGCAAACCGUUGGGUUUCAGAGAAGCGUUGUGACUCCGUGCCGACGUGUGUGUUGCUCAUUUCUUUGCUCGCCACAGGCAGUUUUGAUAUGAAUUCCAAAUAUUCCAUCGAACACGCGAAGUGCCUCAUCAACACGAGUGGACGAGAUGAUAAAAGCAAAUCAAAGACGGUUGGGUUUUUAGUUUCAUUCUGGAUUCAGUCAUGUUUUCUUAGACACAGUGAUAUUUAAAAUAUUAACUCGCAUUGGAGUUGUUUCUUCUAUUUGAACAAUAAAGGAACCGACUGAAAACUA